UAUUCCCAAACGGCGAAUUUCUUGCGCCUUACUCUAAUCUCCCCUCGUUCAGCCUUUUGCUUUCUGCUGAGAGAAGGAAGAAUCAGAAACCAAGAAUGGCGGCCUCGGCUAUGGUUCUCGACCCCAAAUCCUCAUUGGAGCCACCGGCAUCGCUCCCGCCGAUGAGAUCUGAUCUCCAAGGCUUGGCGGAACAGUCCUCCGACGAGGAUGACCUCUACAGCCGUCUAAAAUCGUUGCAACGUCAGCUGGAGUUCAUCGACAUUCAAGAAGAAUACGUGAAAGAUGAACAGAAGAACUUGAAGCGCGAGCUUCUACGAGCACAGGAAGAGGUUAAGAGGAUACAGUCGGUGCCUUUGGUAAUUGGCCAAUUCAUGGAAAUGGUGGAUCAGAAUAAUGGGAUUGUUGGAUCCACUACUGGUUCUAAUUAUUAUGUUAGGAUUCUCAGUACUAUUAAUCGCGAGCUUCUUAAACCCUCCGCCUCUGUCGCUCUGCACCGUCACUCUAACGCUUUAGUCGACGUUUUGCCUCCUGAGGCCGACUCUAGUAUAUCUCUGCUUAGCCAGUCGGAGAAGCCUGACGUGACCUAUAAUGAUAUUGGUGGAUGUGAUAUUCAAAAGCAAGAAAUUCGUGAAGCGGUAGAGUUACCCCUUACUCACCAUGAACUGUACAAACAAAUUGGUAUUGAUCCUCCUCGUGGUGUUUUGCUUUACGGACCUCCUGGUACUGGUAAAACAAUGCUCGCCAAGGCUGUUGCUAAUCAUACAACUGCCGCCUUCAUAAGAGUUGUUGGGUCUGAAUUUGUUCAGAAGUAUUUGGGUGAGGGUCCACGUAUGGUCCGUGAUGUUUUUCGUCUUGCUAAGGAAAAUGCCCCUGCAAUUAUCUUUAUUGAUGAAGUUGAUGCUAUAGCAACAGCUCGAUUUGAUGCUCAAACAGGAGCUGAUAGAGAAGUCCAGCGUAUUCUCAUGGAACUUCUAAAUCAGAUGGAUGGGUUCGACCAGACAGUGAAUGUUAAGGUCAUCAUGGCAACCAAUAGGGCUGACACAUUAGAUCCUGCCCUCUUGCGUCCUGGAAGACUUGACCGAAAGAUAGAAUUCCCUUUACCGGAUCGACGACAAAAGAGGCUGGUAUUUCAGGUUUGUACUGCCAAAAUGAACUUGGGUGAUGAGGUGGAUCUUGAGGAUUAUGUUUCUCGCCCAGACAAAAUCAGUGCUGCUGAGAUUGCUGCUAUCUGCCAAGAGGCUGGGAUGCAUGCGGUUCGCAAGAACAGAUACGUGAUACUCCCCAAAGAUUUCGAGAAGGGAUACAGAACCAACGUGAAGAAGCCUGACACAGACUUUGAAUUCUACAAAUGAUUCCCAGAGGUGGAAGUGAAAUCUCAGUACUGUCAUUGUCGAUACAAUCGUAAUUAUCGGUUCCUUCCCCCACUCAGAGAUUGCGGUUACAGCAACUGCUAGAUGGAAGUUUCUUUGCCCUUGGAAUAGAGCCGUGGGUCAGUAAUUUUCCUUGUAUUACUCUGUUUCUAUAUUUUCGCAUAAUUUAGAAUGCUAGUCUUUCCGACAUUGCUCAAACCUUGAAUUGUUUUGUACUGGCCUGCUCUAGUCUCUAUCCAAGCACUGAAAAGGUUGAUUGUGUAACUCGGCGAAUAGAACGUUCUCAAAUUUGUCUACUGGGUUCAGUUCUAACGAUGCAAACUACUAAAUCUCUCUUUAUUUGAGCCCAUGGAGAAAAAUGUACUGCUGACUUGUUGUUUGUUUAUUUUUUUCGCUAUUGUGUCUGCUGUGCAAGCUGCAUGAGGAUUAAAUUUCGAUGGGAACCUUUUGCUUUCAAUUUAAAACGUUGAUGAAAUGUUGAUCUC